AUGAAUCGCGGAUGUUUUCCCCUCCAAAAAUGGGCCGCGAAUUCACCCGAACUGUUGACGGAUAUCCUGGAGGACCAACGUAAAUCCUCGGACUAUCCGAUCAAUCGCGAUGACACGCUCAAGGUCCUCGGCCUAUCUUGGUCACCGCAUGAUGACUCGUUUACCUUUGUAAUCUCGCCUUACGCCGUAACUGUUCAUACUAAACACUCCGUUUUAUCAUUUAUUUCAAGGUUAUAUGACCCCCUCGGAUGGGCAUCACCGAUCGUCAUCGCGGCCAAGAUGUUGAUGCAAGAGCUCUGGCUCCGUAAAAUUGAUUGGGACUCUCUCAUCCCCGACGAUCUUUUACCUCAUUGGAUUAAUUAUUGUACGGAUUUGCCUCAUAUCAGUGAAAUACGCAUUCCCCGAUGGACAAGGAUGCGUCAAGAUAAACUCGAAGUGGAGUUACACGGAUUCGCGGACGCGUCCAUUCGCGCUUACGCCGCGGUCGUUUGCCUUCAAAUCGUGCAUUCUACCACGAAUAUUCAGGUGACCCUCCUCGCGGCCAAAACGCAGGUCGCGCCGUUAAAAACCGUCAACGUUCCACGAUUAGAACUUAACGCCGUCGUUCUGAUAAUUCGGUUGUUAGAUUGGGUAAAAAAUUCCCUGCGUUUCCCGCAAGCGUCAUUAUUCGAAUGGACUGACUCCCAAAUCGCAUUGGCUUGGAUUCAGCAACGUCCAUCGCGAUGGAAUUCCUACGUCGCGAACCGCGUCUCCGAGGUGCAGACGCGCCUUCCGUCAGUACGUUGGCAGCACGUCCGCACUCACGACAAUCCUGCCGACUGCGCUUCUCGCGGCUCUACCGCAGUCGAUCUCGUACACUAUGAAUUAUGGUGGGUAGGCCCCCCGUGGCUUAGAAAAUCCCCGGCCUCGUGGCCGAUUCUCCCGACUCCUACCGGAAAGAAAAUUUUGUAA